GCCGACUUUCAGUGCUUCCCCUCCUUGAUGAGAUCGCCAAGUGAAAUAGGAUUGAGGGAGAAGAGGAGAGGUUUCGGAAGAAGCUCCACUGAGGGAGACCUAAAAGGGGAGUGGUCAGACAGAAAGCAGUAGAGAGAUCAGUGUCAACAACCUGGAGGGGAGUAAGGACUGUGGAUAUGGAAGCGGUGGGAAUGGAUAUAUGUAUAGGGAAGACAACACCCCACCAGGAAAAGGUUCAAAAUGUCUGUGUCCAGUCGACAGAUGGCUAUUGUCAACCCUCCUCCACCGGAGUACAUAAAUGCCAAAAAAACUGGCCGUCUCACAAAUCAGCUGCAGUACCUGCAGAAGGUGGUCCUCAAGGCUCUGUGGCGGCACAGCUUCUCAUGGCCCUUCCAGCAGCCCGUGGAUGCUGCCAAGCUCAAGCUCCCGGACUAUUACAGCAUCAUUAAGAAGCCAAUGGAUUUGAGUACAAUUAAGAAGCGCUUGGAACAUAAAUACUAUGUGAAAUCAUCAGAAUGUAUAGACGACUUGAAAACAAUGUUCACCAAUUGUUAUUUAUAUAACAAGCCAGGUGAUGACAUUGUUCUCAUGGCACAAGCCUUAGAGAAAUUGUUUAUGCAAAAAAUGUCUCAAAUGCCUUCAGAAGAGCUAGUGAUAGGUGGAAAAGAAAGAAAAAGAAAAGGUACUCAACCAUCUCCCAGAGUUUCUACUAUUAAAGAGAAACCAUCUCCCAAGGCAUCUGAAAUGGCAGCCGAGCAGCAAGUGAUUCCCUCUUCUGCAUGUCUGCAGACAUCACUUUCUCCAUUGCACGUUGCUAAAGCAGCUGUGCCGAGCUGUGCCCCACAGGCUGUAACACAGGUUAAAAAGGGAGUGAAAAGGAAAGCAGAUACCACAACCCCUACAACUUCCAUAGUUACAGCUAGUAGUGAAUCUUCACCAACUCCAGUUGAACACAAAUCUGCUAAAAUACCACUUUUGAAAGAAAAAGUAGUGAAGAAUAUUGUACCAGAUUCUCAGCAACAAUAUAAAGUUGUGAAAAGUCCCCAAUUAACUGAGCAGUUAAAAUAUUGUAAUGAGAUUGUUAAAGAAAUGUUUGCAAAGAAACACGUAGCAUAUGCUUGGCCUUUUUAUAAACCAGUUGAUGUGACUGCUUUAGGACUCCAUAAUUACUAUGAUGUUGUUAAAAAUCCAAUGGACCUUGGAACGAUUAAAAAAAAAAUGGACAACCGAGAAUAUAAGGACGCACAUGAAUUUGCUGCAGAUGUUCGGUUAAUGUUUAUGAAUUGCUACAAGUAUAACCCACCUGAUCAUGAAGUGGUAGCAAUGGCAAGAACCCUUCAGGAUGUUUUUGAGAUGCAGUUUGCUAAGAUCCCAGAUGAACCCAUUGAAAGAAUGCCUAUAUGUUACAUUAAAAAGGAUGUAGCAAAAGCUUUUUGUAGAGAAAGUAGUAGUGAUGCUUCCUCUGAGGACAACUCUUCUGAAAAGUCACCCGAUGAACGAGUGCAGCGCCUUGCCAAGCUUCAGGAGCAGCUUAAAGCUGUGCAUCAGCAACUACAAGUUCUGUCUCAAGUGCCUUACCAUAAGCUAAAGAAAAAGAAUGAGAAAUCUAAAAAAGGGAAGAAGAAAGAAAAAAAGAAAUUUAUCAACGAAGAUGAAAGUCAGAGGAAAAAAUUGAAGCAAAUAAAACUGAAGAAAAAGCUGAAAACCAGUCAGCCAAAACAGGCCAAACAACCAGUGUUGGCGUAUAAAUCUGAGGAUGAAGAUGAUGCUAAGCCUAUGAAUUAUGACGAGAAAAGGCAAUUAAGCUUGGAUAUAAACAAACUCCCCGGAGACAAACUUGGGCGAGUCGUCCAUAUAAUAGAGUCAAGAGAACCAUCUUUAAGGAAUUCUAAUCCUGAUGAGAUAGAAAUUGAUUUUGAAAUACUAAAAGCAUCAACCCUGAGAGAACUGGAAAAAUACGUCAUGGUCUGUCUGAGAAAGAGACCCAGGAAGCUUCAUGCUGAGAAAACUCAAUUGUCCAAAGCCGAAGGAGGGGCCACGCGUCUGAGCGAGAGCAGCAGCAGUAGCGGCGGCGGCGGCGACGGUGAUGGCAGCAGCUCCUCGGGCUCGGGCAGCAGCAGCAGCAGCAACUCGAGCUCUUCCGAUAGCAGUGAUUCCGAUUCAGAAACAUUCCCCAUGUUAACUGGAAUCAUAGAGAGUGGUUCCCCUUCCAAAGGAAAAAUGAAGACUUUGACUUCCUGUAGGGUGUCAAAUCAAGAUCUCUUAGCUCUUAAGAAUCGCCAAGAACCUCAACAAUUACAGACUUUGCAAAGCCUUCCAUCAGCACAAAUUAGCAUAUCUCUCUAAAGUCUUCCUGAAAUUAUAUCCCCGGUAAAUGUUACUUCUCUGCUGCAGAAUGCCCCAAAUGUCCUCACUUUUGAUCCCAUCAACCCCAUUCUCAUCGUUUCAGAGAAUAUUUCAUUAAGUGGUGACAGAAAAGAUGAGGCCGUGUCUGUAGCAAGGGCUGGAAAAUCAGCCCCUCUUCUAAACACGAUGUGGGAAGGAAGUGAUUCUAAGCCUGUGAAAAAAGUGGAAAGGGAGCCUGGAGAGCCCAUCACUAACGUACUGCGUCCGACCGGCGUGGGCACGGGUGUGCCGGAGCCUGAACUUUCCACUCCUGUUAAGAGGGAUAUAAAGAUCAGAAAUGUGGACUGUUGGACAAAUUUGGGCAAAACAGUCACAACUACAGUGUUACCAAAAUCAUCAGAUGGUCUCUUCAGGCAGUUCAAAAAAGCAGCCAUGGAAAAGGAAGUGGGGACCCGAACACAGGAGCUGAUAAGGAUGCAGCUGAAUCAGAAGCCAGAGGAAUCAAAAACCCACCCAGAUCAGACGGACUUUGACAAGAAUGCAAAUAAAAUUCAAGAUGAAUGUUAUCCUGAAACACAAAAACCUCAUCAGGCGCCAUUGGAAGUUCAAGAAGAUUGUUGGCUUAUCAAAGAUCGGAAUUUGGCAAGAAAGAGAGAGCAAGAGCGGAGGAGAAGGGAAGCCAUGGCCAGCACCAUCGAUAUGAACCUGCAAAGCGACAUUAUGAUGACCUUUGAGGAGACCCUUGAUUAAGUUUAACACUC